AUGGACCGUCUACACGACAUCGAAGAAACAUCACAAGAAAUGACCAAGAUCCUGAAUGAUCCACUCGUCUAUCCAUGGCUCGAAGGACCCCCCUAUCCAUUCGUACCCAAGGACGGCGAGGACUGGAUCAAACUGCAGUGCCAAAAAAGCGAGCCCGUCCGUUUGAAGCUACAACAGGAAUACGAGCAAUCCAUAAACCAAACUGAGAAGAGUUCUAUUGAUGAAGAUGUUCCAGCAGUCUUCGACGCUUGCGCUUUCAGAUGUAUUCGAGAGGUCACCGAAUAUGACCUUGAGACUGGCGCGGCGCUCAAGGAUGUUUUCCGAGGCUCUAUUAGUAUUGAGCGGUAUGCAUUCUAUGAAUUAGCAUAUGGAAGUUUGAAAAGGGAAGAGGCGCAGGCGAGGAAUGCUGCGAUUCCCGCUGGUGACCAGAGUAUUGUCUGGGGAUUAGGAUACUAUCUUUCUCCAACACUUCAUGGUCAGGGUGUCAUGACUCUUGCUGUUCGGACUCUUAUCCGGGACUGGACUAUUCCCAGAAUGAAUAUGCAGAUUCUCAAAUCUAGCUAUCUUGUUGGGAAUUCAGGUAGUGCGAAAGUCAUGCUUAAGAACGACUUUGUGGAAUUGUGUACCUUGAAGGAUUGGGCUCCUGCGAGCGAAAAUCGGGGGCGGCCGGUAAUGUCUAUAGUUGUUUUGAACUGGGAGGGACUUUCAUAG